AUGUCCAAGCCCAGUGCUCUGUGUCAGAAACCAGCACUAGAUAAGUCCCUGAGGAUCUGUGCAAUGUGUGAGAGCCGGGUGGUCAGCGAGGGCACCGGACACGGCCUCGUCCUGCCUGGACACUCAUCCCGCUCCAUUCAAACCGUGCCUCGGCACUUGCAGCAGCACGAGGCGGCCGCGGGCCGUGCCGGGCCGGCGGGAUGCGCUCAGCGCUCCCGGGAUCCCGCGGCGCGGCUGUGCCGGCCGGGCCGGCCGGCUCGGCCGCAGAGCCAGGACAGUCGGCAUCGCUCUCCUCAUCUGAACGGCGGCGAUCCGACCUCUCCCAUACCAGCUCCUCUAAGGGGUCAUUGUCAGAGCCUGAAAAUAAAAGUGCUGUCACCUAUCCAAAAGCCGUGUCUGUUGCACCCCUCGGUACCCGGGUGGGCUCACACCGCCUGUCUGUAUUUGGGCUCCUGGCUGCCCCAGCGGGUCCCGCUCCAAGGGAGUCACUGGCAGAGCUCCUUGCUGGGGCUCAGGACGUCCCUCCCUGUGAGAGCACAACCAAAGAAGAAGAAGAAAGUGGAUGUGAAGAAAGAGCAAGCACAGAAGGAGCGUAUGAAGAAAAGGCUUAAAAAGUUGGAAAAAGCAGCCCCAGAACUGAUUCCAAUUGAGGAUUUUAUAACACCACUGAAGUACUCAGAGAGCAACAGGGUGCGAAGCCUUCCCGCUCUUUCUCCUGAAGAGGCUGAAAGAAGAGUUUUGCUUUUGAAGAAGUGGUGUUUGUUCAAGCAGAAACAAGAUGAGGCAGAAAAGAAAGCAAUCAAAGCCCUGGUGGAAUCUCAGCAGGAGGCGCUGCGGGAGCUGCAGCUGGAGUCCGAGGAGCUGUACCAGGCAGCAGUCCUGAGGGACGAGGCGCUCUUCCCCUUCCAGAGGGACGGGCCCAGUUACACCCCUCCCCUGCCUGGCUACGACCCCCCCGAGGGGAAGUGCGUUGACAUCACCAAGGUGUACACACAGUGACGGGGAGCUCCUGCUGCAGCUGCUGAGGUGCUCAGCGCUGAAGGAACAGAGACUGGAGCAAUAAACAAUUUCUCCUGCAGGUUACAACACUGCAGGAUGUGACUGUAAACAAAUAAAGGAAGUGUCUCUGUGUUUCAAUGACUGUACAGGUAAUAACACACCUAGCAAAGCUACACAACUUACAUAGUGGCAAAGCCAAUUUUUUUAAUUUUCUUAUGUUGCCAUGUAACUGUUGUAACUAAGUUUCUGUGGGUUUGCCCUAAUACAAACCAGAUCUCUCUCUACAUUCGUUUAAACCUUUAUUUUUCAGUUGUGUUGAACACUGCCACAACACACACCACCAGUGGAGAGCAGCUCCACAGAGGGGCAGUUCCAGGGUGUGCAGCCCACAGGUGAGGAGCUCUUCAAGCACCACAGCCCUGGUUCUGGGAAAAGUCCUUUAAAUGCCAUUGUUUGGGAUUGUCCUGAGCCAGAAAGGAAGAGUGCCAGCCUGGUUCUUUCUCCCCAUUUGGCAGGCCUGGGGUGGGCACCUUGUUCCAGAAGUGCUCAAUGCCAGCUGCUGGGGCAAGAGGCCCUCAGAGCUAGAGCAUGCAUGCAUUAAUUUGGAAGGUGCCUGCUGAAAUGAAAUCCUGAAAUGUAAGUCAACAGUAAAAGACCACAACCAAAUUAAUCACCUCAUAUCUCCCUUUAAAAAUGUUCAUUAUUUAAAUAAAAUUUCAGAAUUUUUGAGCAAGUGCUAAAGUAUUGUAGGGCAGAGCUACAGCUGAAUAACUUCAAGAUGAUGUGGAAAGGGAAAAAAAAAGCAUAAUUCUGAAUUGUGUAUUAUGGUACAGACCAAGACACAGAAAACAGUCUUGUUAAUUUGAUUUGUCGUGGUCAAGUGGUAGAUACCAGUCAGGUGGUGGGCUCUUCCUGAGCUUCCACACUGGAGCAUAUUUCUGUUUUUCCAUAACUCGAGCUCUUUCACUCUUGCACAAAGCUUCCUGAAAUACAGGAAAAAAAAUAUUACCAUAAUAGUGUUGGAUGUUCCAGUCACACAGAGCUGAUUUCCUGCUGUGAACAUCUGAGAUAAAAGAAGAAAUAAAAAUUUAUCAUGCAUAA